AUGGAGCAGGGCAGGGAGGCCCACUGCUCUACUGAGGAGACCUUCACUGCUGAGUAUAAGAUGAUGAUGACCCUGGGCCAAGGACAGUUUUCAGAGGUCAAACUGGCCUUUCAUAUCCCCACUGUAUCCUGUGUGGCUGUAAAAAUUUGUAGAAAUCAGAAAUACGCCUCGCUUAUCAAGAGUGAAAUCAACAUCAUGAAAUCCCUUGCCCAUCCCAACAUAAUUAAAUUGUUUCAUGUGGUCCAGACCAGAGAGACCACCUACCUGGUGAUGGAGCAUGCGUCCGAGGGAGACCUGCUGCAUCACGUCCUGGAACUGGGGUCCUUAGAGGAGAGCGAGGCUCGAAGGCUGUUUACUCAGAUACUGCAUGCAGUGCAGUAUUGCCAUGAUAAAUUUAUCAUCCACAGAGACAUAAAGGCCGAUAACAUCCUCCUCGACCACAGGGGUAAUGCCAAGCUCUGUGAUUUCGGGAUCUCUGCUAAGGUCAUCCCUGGGCAGAAGCUUAGUGGGUUUUGUGGCACUCUAAAUUACUGUGCUCCGGAACUCUUUGGAAAGGAGGCAUAUGAUGGCCGCACCACUGAUAUUUGGAGUUUAGGUGUGCUCCUCUUCUUCAUGGUGACUGGGCGCUUUCCCUUCAAAGCUUACUCUGCUGUGAGGGUGAUACAGCAGAUCCUAACUGCAAACUUCAGGGUGCCUCCCCAUGUUUCCGUUGAUAUUCGAGAUCUCAUCUUGAAACUGCUGAUUAUAAACCCUUACAGGAGGCUCACCAUAGGCCAAAUCAUGAGGCACCCCAUGGUCAGGAACAGUGAGGCUUGUUUACCACCUACUUCCCCACAUCUCUACCAGGCACCCCGAGCCCUGGCAUUGUCAGGCCCAUGGCAGUCAUGGGGGAGAGCUACCAAGCCUGCUCCCCACACCUUCACCUUGCCAUUGAAGACCAAUGAGAAAGAGGAGAAGAGUGCCAGGCAGGGUGGCACAAGGCACAGCUUGUCUGCUGACUUGUGCUGCCAGCCAAAGAAGACCCACCCUCCCCACCUACCCCAUCUGGGCUGUCCUGUGGCUGAUUCCCUCGUGGGCAGCAACCUGGAAAUCACUGAGUAUUUCACACAGACGGAGAUCGGUUCAUUCAGCAGCCACAUGGCCAGUGUCCAGCAACCUCUCUUUCUGGACACCUCCUCUCCUAGGCCACACCAGAGUGAGAGUACAGGUGACACAGACAACAACGUGUCCUCCUGCAGUCCCCAAGAGGAACUCUGCAGCUCCCAGGAGGCAUCUCAGUAUUUCACCCCCACAGGCUCCUCCCCUUGGGAUACAUUGCAGGAAGAGAACAUGAACCAGGAUGAGGCCAUCACCCAUGAAGCCACUAAGACCCAGGAAGGGACCAUGACCCAGAAUGAGACCAUCACCCAUGAAGAAGGGACCAUGACCCAUGAUGAGGCCAUCACCCAUGAAGCCACCAAGACCCAGGAAUAG